AUGAGUGGGAGGGCGGGGCCUUUGAGCAGCGGUGGCCGCGGCAAGAGCGACGGACGAGCUACGUGGGCAGACAAGCCGCGGAAUCCGACAGAGUCCACCUCUGCCAGCCCGAUUUCGGGCAGCGCGUGGGGCCUCGAGAGCUCCUCGAGACCCCGCCCACCCGCACUGGCCCCCGUCCAGUUCGUGCACGUAUCCGGCCCGGCGAACAGAGUCUGUAAGGGGAAAAGUUUGUGGACGGGCAAGGCCGCGGAUGAGGACGACGAUUGCGAGCAGAAGUGUGCGGACCUCGAAGCUUGCAGGUUUAUCAGUCUCUCGAGCAACAAUUUGUGCCGCCUGACUGCGACGUGCGAUUCGACGUGGCAUCAGGAUGGCAAGAAGGUUUGGAUCUUCAGCAGAAGCCGGCCCGCCCUCGUAGAGGAGCGACGCCAUCGCCGACGGAGGCGCAGACGGAUGCGGUGA